CGGAGACGCGCCAAGCACGCAUAGCAUUGAAUCGCUUCUAACCCUAGAUCGCCAAGGUCGCGAGGUAGCUUUCUACCCCAUAUAUCGGAGGACAUCGAUCCGAAAACGUUAGGUCGAUAUGGGGAGUAGAUAAGCUGGAGUAAUAUAUCUCCAUGAACCAAUGCCGCCUUCGCCAAUCUCCCGUCGGGCGAUAUUAGGCUAGGAGAGUUGUAUAUAAUAAGGCAUCGACCGCAUCCAAGAUCGGCAGGGGAAAGGAACACCAAACUCUUAUACAGACGUCCCGCACCACACAUCCCUACGCCGAUCUCCCCAACUCUCACCACUACCAUAACCACAACCGCCACCAUGCGUCUCACAACCCUCACCGCGCUCCUAGCAUCCACCACCACCGCCUCGGGCGCGCUAACCUGGUCGCUCCAAAAAGCCAGCAACCCCACCGCGGACCAAACCUCCGCAUACGCAAAAAUCGAAGCCGCAAUGACAGCCGCCGUAGCGCACUACGCGAAAUUCACCUCCGCGUCCAAGACCAUCCGCGUGUACUACGCCCCCGGUGUCCCGACCGCCGAGGCCUCGUAUAACGGGGACCUGCGGUUCGGGUCCGACCGGGCGUACAUGACGGAGCGAACGGCGAUGCACGAGAUCUCGCACACGCUGGGAGUGGGACAGACGGCGGAGUUUAACCGCCGGUGCGCGGCGGGAGAUUGGCCGACCGCGCUGCCGCUUCUGCGGAGUUUUGACGGCGCGAGUGCGAAGAUUAGUUGUGGGGGUGGACACUUUUGGCCGUAUGGGUUGAAUUAUGAGAGUGAGUGGAGCGCGACGAAUGGGGAUCGGCAUGUGCGUAUGGUGGAUGCUAUGUUGAAGGAUGGGAUGUGAGGGAGGAGGGGGGUUUAGGGGGUGCGUUGUGUGUUAGCUUUUGAGGAUGGAUGGCUUUAUUGAAAUGAAUAUUACCC